AUGAACUGUGUUUGCCGCCUGGUCCUGGUCGUGCUGAGCCUGUGGCCAAAUAGAGCUGUUGCCCCUGGCCCACCUCCUGGCCUCCCUCGAGCUUCGCCAGACCCUCGGGCUGAGCUGGACAGUGCUGUCCUCCUGACCCGCUCCCUCCUGGCGGACACUCGGCAGCUGGCCGCACAGCUGAGAGACAAAUUCCCAGCUGACGGGGACCACAAUCUGGAUUCUCUACCCACCUUGGCCAUGAGUGCAGGGGCACUGGGAGCCCUACAGCUUCCGGGUGUGCUGACCAGGCUGCGAGCUGACUUGCUGUCCUACCUGCGGCACGUGCAGUGGCUGCGCCGGGCAGGCGGCCCCUCCUUGAAGACCCUGGAGCCAGAGCUGGGUGCCCUGCAGGCCCGGUUGGACCGGCUACUGCGCCGGCUGCAGCUCCUGAUGUCCCGCUUGGCCCUGCCCCAGGUGUCCCCAGAUCCGCCAGCGCCACCCCUGGCUCCCCCUGCCUCAGCCUGGGGAGGCAUCAGGGCGGCCCAUGCCAUCCUAGGGGGGCUGCACCUGACACUUGACUGGGCUGUGCGGGGGUUGCUGCUGCUGAAGACUCGGCUGUGA